AUGGCUUGCUGCUGCUGCUGGCUGUCAGUCAGUCGCUCCGUCAGGUGUGCAGCCACAGAUGGCGACCAGGGUCAGGCUGGUGACUCGGCGCGUUGCGUGGGUGCGUGCGACGGCGCCGGGCGCACUUGCUCUGUGCAUGCCCUGCACCUGCCUGCUCAGCCAGCACGCCCGACUGCUGCUGCUGCCAUUGCUGCUGUCGCUGCUGCCGUUGCUGCUGUCGCUGCUGCCGUUGCUGCUGUUGCUGUGCUGCUGCCGCUUCGUCGCCAACCACAGCACCGUGACGAAACUCGGAGAACCGCCGCUGCCUGCCUGCGACGCGUCCUCGUCCUCGUCCUCGUCCUCUGCUUCGCCCUGCCCUGCCCGGCCCUGCCCCUGCUCUUACCCUCUCCUCUCUACUCGACGCCCGCACUGCUUACCACCACGUUUCCCUCCUUCCCUCCCCCCCCCGCCCCAUCGCUGCCCUCUUUCGUCUGCAUCGACGCGCACCCCCCGGCCUCUGCCACCGCACACAAUCUAGGCGCCUUAGGCUUGGAUGCUGCGACUGCUGCGACUGCUGCUGCGCUAACGCCGCCGUCGAUCACACACCAACGAGCCGCAGCUGGCGAGCUGUCGACUUACUGCUACUGCUGCCGCCGCCGUGCCCUUGCCCUUCACCCUUCACCCAAGCCUCACUCGUCGUGUUGGCUGCAUGCUGGCCCUGCUCUCACCCCAUCCUCCUCUGCCCCCACAGCCUGCCUGCUCUCGUCCACGCACGCACACACACACACACACACACACACACCACCCUCUCUCGACAUAACCCACAUCGACUACUCUCUCCUCUCCUCCCUCAGGCCCGUCAUCUUCACCGCCCGCCCGUGGUGCCUCUCACUCGCCUACUCGACGCCCGUGCCCGUCCCGCCGCCUGCCGUCUGCCCCAUCACUCCAAACGGCAUGCAGCAGGGUCGCGCCACCGCCGGCAUUCACCACUUUGUCCAGCACUAUCGCGUCCAGCAACAGCAGGGCAAGAUCCCAACAGGAUGGCAGCAGACGACGUCGCCCGACGAGCGCGGCCAGCUCGCCCUACAGUUCUUUACCCAGUACCGCCUGCUCAAGCCCGAAAUCCCAGAGGUCGAGUCGAUGCGAGCCGCCCUCCAGUUUGAGACGCAAAACUUCAUGUCCGCCCCUUCCAAGGAACAGUACCUCUCGCAAAUCAAGCAGAAACUCAUCGUCAUGACAACCGCACGGCAACAGCAGCUACAGCGCCUCCAGGGCGGCAUGCCAAACAACAUGAACAACGCCAUGAACGGCAUGACUCCAGCCCAGAUGAACAUGAUGAACCAGAUGGGCCAGCAAGGCGCGCGCCAGCCCCAACCACAACAGUUCAACCCAGCAUUUCCCAACGCUCAGCUCCAGCGCCCCAUGCAAGUCUCCCCCGUCCCCAUGACACAAGGCCAGUCUUCCAUGGGCGUCAACGGAGCCAACCCUGUCAACAUGGCCCAAAACCAAAACGCUCAGCAACCAAACAUGCAACCGAAUCAGCAGCAAACCCGACAGGAGCAGUUGAUUAUCAACCAGUUUGCCAAGAAGUUGAUGGAUACUUGCAAAGAGGAGGUUCGCGUCAAGUUUGAAAAUGAUGUCCGCGCCUGGCCUGAAGACAAGAAGCAGCAGUUGCUCAACCAAGGAAUCAACCCCCUCUUCCUCCGCUUUCGUCAGCAUGCUGAGAUGCUCUACCGAAGGGGCGCGCUGAAUCAGCCCGCAGCUGGUCAGAAUAAUGUCGCCAUGCAGGGAACACCUCAGCAGAACCGCAUGCAGGGACAGCAGAUGAAUAUGAAUCAGCGCCAAGCCAAUCAGGAUUUCGAUUUCACUGAAAUCGCCAAUCGGCAAAUGGAGGCUAUGCGAAGCCAGGACCAAGGUACAACCGUAGUACCUGCGAGCAACAACCCAAACAACGGUGGGCAAAUGGGUGCAUUCCAAGGCCAGAAUCCACAACCUGGCCAAGCUCCAAAUGCAAUGGCACAGCGCCAGGCAGAAGCAUUUCACCGCCAGGCACAAGCACAGCAAGCACAGCAAGCACAUGCUCAAGCUCAGGUGCAGGCGCGAUUAGAACAACAGCGCCAACAGCAAGUAGCCCAAGCAGCGCGUAAUCAGCAGAACCAGUUGCUGCAAGGCCAGAUUGGCGGCUUGAACCUCCCGCAGGGCACCCAGCAACCCAGUCCUGCCAUGCCUAUGCUGAAUCGGCCAAUGCCUCCACCAGGUCAACCAGGCCCACCAGGAACGCCGCAGCAACGUCCGCCCCAGGCUCAUGUCCCCAUCAUGACACCCCAGCCCGGGCAGACUGAUCCAAACUUGACCGAGCUCAUGCGACAGGCGCAACAAAGAGCUGCUGCUGUCCAACAGGCCAACCAGCAACCGCUGACUGAUCAAGUCCGCAUGAGCAUGAUGCCCCCUGACCUGGAUGCUUCUGUAAAGCAGCAGCUACUCAAGGUGCCAGAGCAUCAGUUUCGCGUCAUCCUCCAGAGCUACAUGAUGAAUUUGCGUAGGAAUAACGGCGGUAUGCCCAACGGAGCAUUCCCAACUGGACAGCCGAACGGAGGCCAGCCAAACAUGGCCUUCAACCAGCAACAACAACAGCAGCAGCAGCAGCAACAACAACAACAACAACUCCAGCCUGGCGUUGCUGGUCAAAUGCUUGGCGGACCUGGCAUGCAGGCAAUGGUUCGACCUGGUAUGAAUCUCGCACAGCCACCACCUGGUACUGGUCCUCAGAAUCCCAUGGGUGCCCAGCGCGGUCCUAUGCCGAACCAGCAACAACGUGUUGCUGCUGCAUCUAACUUGCUCCGUGCCAAUCCUGGCAUUAUACAUACUACUGAUCCUAAGCCAUUCCCUCCCAACGUGCUAAACGCGCAAAUUCGACAAAGCCUUCCACCAGACGUCAGAACUUGGCAACAGCUCAAAGCCUGGGCUAGUCAGAACCCUGCUUUAGUACCUGGUGUCGACGGUCAAAAGUUACUCAUGUUGCAAGUUCUACACUUCCAAGACAUGGUCAGGCAGUCGAAUGGCGUCGCUGGCGUCCAUCCAACACCACAGCCUGGCCAGGGACUCGUCCCACCAGGGCAGAUCAACCCAAAUCAAGGCCCUGUCAGGACACCUCAGCAGCAGCCGAAUAUGCAGAACAUGGCGGCACUCCAGGUCACUCCUCAAGAGUUGCAGCAGUUCCGCGCAAGAAUGGUUGGUCAGCCACAAGCCAACCUGCCAGACGACCAAUUGCGCGGCCUUAUGAUCUCCAUGAGGAUGAAGAACCUUCAACAGCAGAGACAGCAGCAGCAGCAGCAGCAAUCCGCCAUGCUCAACCAACAAGCUCAACGUAACCAAGCCCAACCUGCCGUCCCCAUGGCUGCACAGCAACAACCACAGCAUCAGCCCAACCGGCCACCUGCGGCGCAACCGCAAACACAAGCGACACCCCAGCCUAAACCAGCAAUGAAGCCACAGCAAGCACAACCCACACAGUCGCUUCCCAACAACAACAAUGCCAAUAACAAUGCCAACAACAACAACAAUACUGUGAACAAGGGUACGAAGAGGUCACAUGAGGAUACCAUGGAGACUAGUAAUGAGACCACUCCACAAGCUCCUCCUAUGACUUCUUCAAAAUCUCAGCCUGGUCUUAACCUCACGCAAGAGCAAAUGUCUAAGCUCACCCCAGCUCAACAUGCGCAGUACAGAGCGCAGUUGCUGAAAGCUCAGGAUGCAUCCAACAACAAGAUGCAACAACAGCGCGGCGGCAUGCUCAACUCUGAGGAGCUUCGGCAGAGAAUGAGUGAUCCUGCACGCAUCCGGCAGUUCAAGCAAAUGAUGGAGGAGGUGGAGAAGAGCAUACCCGCGAAGCAGCCAAUCGCACUGCCACCAGCAGCUCGUACCGCUCUACAGAAAUCGCUAAAGGAACAGUUCCAACGUCUAAAACAGUCGGACCAAGCACUUCGCAUCUUCCAUGCCUCGUACGAUACCAACGAGCCCGAACCAGUCAUUCGUCAAAUCAUGCGAUCGCGCGCGCUUUUGUUUAAGCAAAUCAAUGAGGCCGAUGGCACUCUGCAUCCUCAGGUGACACUGACAAUCGACGAAUUUAAGAAUCACUUGAGCACGAUAUUCAAGUUUGUCAUCAAGAUUCAGGAGAAGGUUAAGCAACAAACACAGGGUCAGGGCCCAGCUGCCCAGCAAUCCCAGCCUCAGGGUUCGAAUGCCUCGCCUGCCCAACUUAAUGCUGCAAAUCUGAAGAUCGUAGAACAACAAAACCGCAACCAAAAGGCCCCGUCCGCCCCAACGACCGACCGACCACCGUUUGCCAUUGGCGCCGACCCCGGCCAUGGAGCCGCGCAUUACUUUGAGGGAGCAAGACCAGUCACGAACCUCGUGUUGCCUGAAAAGAAGCGUGCGAAACUCGAAGCAGGCAGCCAAUCGUCGACCCCCGCUGCUAGAGCCUCUCCUCACAUCGGCUCAGGCAACUCGCCCGAACUCAGGAGACAGCCAGCACCCGACAAGCAAGUACCACAAAGACCGACAUUCCGAUGCAACGAUGCGACGUGCGAAUACUCGGUACGGGGCUUUGAUACCCAGGCCGAACUCGACUUGCACAGCCAAAUACACGCAAAGGUCGAAGAUCCGAUGCAGUUCGCUCUCGACUCCAUGGCUGAAUACCUCGACAUUGACCAAAAGACUGGCGAAGCGAAGACGGACCCUAAUGCCUCCAAGUCGACGCCAAAGGCAGCACCAGCUACCCUGCGAGCACCGCCGCAAAACAUCAAGACGGAGCAAACCCCUGGUGCUUUGCAGAAUGCUGCUACGCCUGUCGGACAAACAGCAACAGCCUCGGCCAUGGCGCGCGUGCCGACACAGACUGGGGUCAAGGACUCGCCGUCGUCUAAUCUGCUAAAGACGCCGCAAACCAUGACCAAGGUGACUACUCCUGGCUCAGGUGCGCGAGGCAAGGCUACGCCAGCCAGCAUUCCCAAGUCUGUACCAAAGGAGCAGCAAGCGGCAGCGUCGGAACCAGCAGCAAAGGAAGAAGAGCAACAGCAACAGCCACUGCUGCCCAUGUCGCUUCUCGACUAUUCGUACGAGGAUACGUUUGCAGCUCUGGAUGCAAAUGGGCCCUUUACCGUACUUGAUCUCAAGGACGAGGACAAUGCCUGGGCGCUUCGCUCUCGGCCCGCCUCACCGUCGACUACGCCCGAGUCUUCUUCCAAGGACACGCCGUCUACGAGGCAAUCGGAUAUUUCGGAGAAUGACAACCUUGUCAUUAGCAUUGAUCUUAAGGAUGCGGACAUGCCUGACGCCUGGGCCGUCGGCAUGUACGGCGACGCACUUCCGGUGGACCUGCAACUAUCGGAAGACUUGCAAAACCUCGGUGUUAUGCUUCCUCCCAUGGACAGCGAGGAUAUGAUGUUAUUUCCCGACUACGGAAACGGAACCAUGAUGGACCUCGACAUGCUCGAGAAGACUAUGGAUAGUAUGGGUGGAACACUUGAUGCACCUAUUGUAGGUGUUUGAUUUUUGAAAAUUUAACUUCUCGGGGGGGCUUUUUUGUUUUAUCUUGUUCUUUCUUCUAGCGUUGCUCGAAUUUUAUCUGCAAUGUUUU